CGCGUUACUCCUCAGGGAAGAGACUGUACCUGCACUGGCACCGGCGGCUACCGAGUAUGGACAACUGCCCGUCUGGGAAGCGGUGUGUCCUUGGCUUCGAUGAGUUCGGGUUUGCCGUGUUCCGGAGACAUUGUCGCAGGUGGAGACGGCAGCACCGCAGCCAUGAUUACAGUUUCCCAAGCGUCAGUACAUCCAGGAUGGAACUGUGGCAAGAUAUCCUCAACAACUGGAGUGAGGCUGGUGCGCAGUGGACAGAUAAGAUACAUAGCUUCAUAGAAUCUGGUGUUCCCACCAAGCUACGUGGUCAGCUGUGGAAAUGCCUUUUGGGGAGCGAUGGAGUUAAACAGAUCAGCACGCACACCUACCAGGAUUAUGUGCAAGAUCUCCGCAGCCGGCUGGCUGUUCUUGGUGUGAAUGAAUAUGGCGUGCAGAUGGCUGUGUCCACGCUAGCCAGUGCGCAAAGGGUAUGGGCAGAAAUGGAUGGUGGAACCAGGAAUCUGUCACCUGACCAACACCCAGAAGUCAAGAUUGAAAUCCUGAGACAGAUUGUGCUGGACGUAGAGCGAUCUUUUCCAACACACUGCUCCCUGAUGGGCAGGAGCCCAGAAGCUAAAGAAGGGCAAGCAAGGCUUUUCCGUAUCCUCUCCGCAUAUGCAGAAUAUAACCCUCAGAUCGGCUACUGUCAAGGAAUGUCGUACAUUGCAGCCAUGCUCCUAAUGAAUAUGCAGGAAGAGGAUGCUUUCUGGGCUUUGGUUGUCCUACUAGAAACACCGAAGUACCUGGCAGGAUUUUACGAGCAUUCUCUGGAUACAAUCCAAAGGUAUGCUAAAAUCUUUGAACAGUUGCUGAAGCAUCGAAUGCCCUGUCUCUGGCAACACAUGGAGAACCUGAAAGUGGCUCCACUGUUGUUCAUCACCACUUGGUUCCUGACUCUUUUCACAUCCUUGCCCUGCUGGGACACAGUGUUGGCGAUCUGGGACCUGAUUAUUCUGGAUGGCAUCAAUAUAAUAUUCAGCACGGGCCUGUGCAUCCUGCAGCUACUGGAACCACGACUGCUUGCCAUGUCUGAUGUCUCCCUCCUCCUUCCCACACUGCUGCGGAUUCCUGUCGAUGUCUCCAGAUACAGUACCCUGAUCCCAGCCCUCUGGAUGACCAAGGUGUACAACUGGGAGCUGGACUGCAUGCAGUGUGUAGUGUUGGAGGAAGAGGAAGAAGAGGUGCUGCCCUCAGGCAGACACUCCAUUCAAACAUCUGCUGUGACGGAGGUGACAAACAUGGAGAGAAAAGAUGCAACUAACCUGAAAGGAGAUGACGGGAAGAAACCUUCUAAGUCAAGUGCAUCAACAGGAAGAGGACACGAGACACUGAAGAACAUGUUCACUAAGAUUGGAAAGAUCGCACGAUGUCACCUUAAGAACCUGUGCCAUUUGCCUGAAGACCCUGCGGUGAGCCAGUCGCAGGAUAGGACACCAGUUGCUCUGGGUCACUCAAAGAGGCGACCUUCUGCCCUUGGUGGUAAAGGGGUAGUGUGGAGGGUGACCUACAGGAGUGGCCGGACCGAGCGAACCCCACCUUGAUAACAUCAGCUUUGUCAUCAAAAUUUUCAUUGUUUCAUCUUCCACUUUAGGAAAGAAAAUCUCUUGAAAUGGACAACUGUGAAUCAUACAUUAGGAUGUGUCUGUAAACCUGCCUACCUGAAGUAACUUACUCUUUGAAAUGUAUGUUUUCAAAUGGCUUUUGCUUGUAUCUCAUGAA